AUGUCCAAGCUGAGGGCGAAGCCCACAGAGGUCUUCAACGUCGAAGAUGAUGGCUACGAAGCGUCGAGCUCAUUUGGAGACACAGGCACGACUUCCAUAUCUGCGGCGGCACCAGGGCGAGGUCACCUGAAGAAACCAAAGCCACUGCAGCCGUUCUCUACAAAAGGUUGGAGCAAGGAAACGAGCUCUACAAAGACGACAAAUCCUGUUGUUUACCUUUCGGACUCCAGUGCAACCUCACCCCAUGGGGCUGGAGUAAAGCGAACCUCGUCCGACAUAUCUCUUGGGCUAGACCCCUCUCCAACGCUACAAAAGCGCGUCAAGCAGGGAGCCGUCGCGUCCACGGUACGAUCGUCCACGAAUGGGAAAGAAAACCUGAAUGUACCGAACAGGACCUCCAAGGACACCAAAGGGAAGGGCAAACCGACCUACCAGGAAGCCAUCAUGGACGUGGAUGACGAUACUAGACGACGCCAAAAGGAACGAACGCCACUGGAAGCACUGCGUCAGUCGGCCUCCAGGCAUGGGUGUGAAUCGCGGCGAUUAGAGAAUGUCAUCCCGGAUAGCUUGGCGACUCUUCCACGAGAACAUCUUGGUCAAGCCAAAUCAUCUUGUGACCAGCUCUUGCACCACAUCAACGACUUAAUUAUCCAACAUUACCGAGGGGCGAAGCUGAUAGACCUUGAGAUCCACGAGGAGAUUAAGCAACUUCUCGAGAAGCGAAUCAGUAGCAUCGACGCGUACAUGUCUGGAGUUCCGACCGAAGCCACCCUCCCGAUAUCCAUGCCACCUCCCCCACCUCCCCUUCAGCAAAUUCCAUCCGACACGAGUACUACUUCGACGCUGGUUGAGAACUCCGUGUCUGCCGUUCUUCAACCACAGUCAGAGCCCAUCGUCGUCGACGAUGACGACGAAGAUGCUGACCUCUGGGACCAGAUGCCCGACGUCGACUUCGCCGAAAUAUCCGAGGUGCCCUCCCCAGCCCCUCCUCCAAUACCGGCACAGACAGUUGACUCCGCUCCCACUUCUGCGCCCGAUCCCAAGCUUCUACAAUCACCUUAUUACCCAGAAGUCAUGCAACAGCUGAAAAACGUGUUCGGCUUGGAUAGCUUCCGGAAGAACCAGCUCGAAGCUGUUUUAUCGGCAAUGGAUGGGAAGGACACUUUUGUCUUGAUGCCAACAGGUGGCGGGAAGAGCUUGUGUUAUCAGCUGCCGGCUGUCUGCACCUCGGGCCCUCGUCGAGGUGUUUCCAUCGUUGUUACCCCACUGGUCGCACUCAUGAAUGACCAAGUGGGGCAAUUGACGAAGAAGUACAGGGUCAACGCUGUAUUGUGGAACGCGGACAACCAGGCCUCCUCGGAACACAUCACGGCUCUCAACCAAGGCCAGAUCGCCCUGCUAUAUGUCACUCCCGAGAAGCUGGUCGAGAGCAAUAGGGCCAAGGAUAUCUUCAAGAGGCUCUACGAGUCGGGGCUCCUGGCUAGGUUCGUCAUCGAUGAAGCCCAUUGUAUAUCAACUUGGGGCCAGGACUUCCGUGAAGCUUACACCACCCUUGGAUCGCUACGCAAGGAAUAUCCCAACGUCCCUAUCAUUGCUUUGACGGCCACCGCCAACAAACGGACCGUCGGCGACAUCAUCAGUCAACUCCAAAUGCGCAGCCCUCUUAUGCUGAUCCAGUCCUUCAAUCGUCAAAACCUCUCGUACAAGGUCGUCCAGAAGAGUCCGAGGUUCAAGUUCGAAAUCUCCAACGAGAUCAAGGACCAUUAUCCUGGAAAGUCAGGGAUUGUCUAUUGCAGAGCCAAGCAGACCUGCGAGAACAUUGCUCAGUUCUUGAAGACGCAAGGUAUCAUCGCUGCCUACUAUCACGCUGGGAUGGAGAAAGACGAUAGGCACAGAGUUGCGACCGAUUGGCAGGAGAAUCGCAUCCAGGUUGUGGUCGCCACGAUUGCUUUUGGCAUGGGGAUUGACAAGCCUGACGAUUACAACUUCGGCGACCUCAAUACCUCGCUCAGGAUGAUCCGCAGCGACGACAAGACGACUCCCGAAGCGAAAGCGCGACAAGAGGCUGACGUCAGGCAGAUGUUCGACUUUGCUGCCAACCAAUCCGAAUGUCGACGUGUCCAACUGCUCCAGCAUUUCGACGAGCGUUUCGACAGGAGGCUCUGUCAGAAGACUUGCGACACAUGCGCUGACGAGCGGGAGACAGUCAAGGCGGACGUUACGAGUGUGGCUCGAGCUGCGGUUACCUUGGUCCGGUCUGCUAGAAAGGCUGGAAUGUCGCUGACACCGUCUCUGCUCAUGAACGGUCUGCGAGGUUCUACCAACCAGGAUAUCAAGUCCAAGAGGGUGGAUACACUCGAUGGAUACGGCAAGGCCAACGACUCUCCUCAAGAUCUUGUCGACCUUGUGAUCAAGCAUCUGCUGCAUGAAGAGUAUCUCGCCACCGACUCUAUCAAAAACGCGCACAAUGCCUUCCACACCGAUGUCAUCGUGCUGGGCCCAAAAGCCAACGAAGUUAACCACCGGAAGGAGAUCACUGUCGCAUGGCGGCCAAAGCUGAAGGGCGGUCGCAAGGGUCCAGAGCGAUCCAAUUCCACCCCAUCGACUUCAGGAAAGCCAGCUUCUCGGGCCCCUAACCAACGCAGGGGCCGCAAGGUUGGAACUGAACUGGCGGACGACCCUAUUGAAGACGAUAUCUACGAUUUUCAGGACAACGUCCAGCCAGCGCCUUCGAUAUCAGCCCCUCCUUCGGCUGCAGCUUCGAAGCCGGCGUCUCGAAGAGAUAAGCCGUCGUCCAAGGUCGUUCCUGUCACCCCAGCUUCGCUUCUAGAGAAAUCUAGCGAUGACCCCGCCGCGGCUUUCCACUCAAAGAUGGAGGCCCUUCGACAACAGGUUGCUCGGGAGAGGAAGAUGAACCCACAGGACCUUAUUGACAAUGCGGUCCUCGAGAUGCUUACUCUGAUGUGCCCGAUGGACUACCGAAGCUUCAAGGAGGUGGUCAACGACGCAUGGCCAGAGUCCGAUCGACGUGGGAUUGAUCAUGCUGAAGAACUGUGGAGGCUAUGUGGACAGCGUUUUCUUGACCUAUGCAUUGCUAACAAGACUGGAGGUCCAGCCAAGAAACCUGUCUCGACGCGGACUGUGUCCCAACUCCGUGACAACUACGCCUACCAAUCUUCCGUUACCAGCACCACAGGACGUUCCGACAGCGCUGGAAGCUCGACAUCUAGAACCACAGGAAAGACUGGAACCCCGGUUGCCAAACCGCCAGUGUCCUCUGGUACUGUCGUCACUCCACCUGUGCCGAAGCCUCCUCCAACUGUAGCCUCGCCCGCGCUUGGCACUGUCCCUAACGGUAGCAGAGCCAAGAGAUUUGUUUUCCGUCACUGA